GUCACGUGCUGUAGGAGCCCCGAAAGCUGCCUGCUGCGGAGCUGCAAGAAACGGAGCAAGCUGGGACGGGGCCGGGGGCUGAGUGAAGGAAGGGCGGAGGCGUGUUUCAGAAUCCAGUUUCCAGAGCAUUGUGCCUGUGUGACCUCCUGAGCCGUCAAGAGACUGAGAGGCUUAUGAGGAGGUUCUGUCAGACGAAACAGUGCCUAGCAAAGACACCGAGGAGGAGGGAGAAGGAGAAACGGGAAAGGCACCGGAGCUGAAACAUACUGUGGCCAGCCAUGAGAUCUAUCCGAUCAUUUGCAAAUGAUGACCGGCACGUGAUGAUGAAACACUCAACCAUUUAUCCAUCUCCUGAGGAACUUGAAGCUGUACAGAACAUGGUUUCCACAGUUGAGUGUGCCCUUAAACAGGUCUCUGAUUGGAUGGAUGAAAUGAGCAAGUCCGCCAGGGCAGAGGGCAGCACAGAUGGCAAAGAGGAAGUAGCAGACAGCGGUGGCAAGGACCAAGGUAGCCGGGUCUUGUGUGGGGUCAUGCGGAUUGGCUUGGUAGCUAAAGGGCUGCUGAUAAAGGAUGACAUGGAUUUGGAAUUGGUUCUUAUGUGCCAAGAGAAGCCCACAGAGACGUUAUUAUCUCUUGUCAAAGACAAUCUCCCCAUCCAAAUCCAGAAACUCACAGAAGAAAAAUAUCAUGUCGAGCAUCAUGUGGAUGAAGCCGCCAUCGUCAUCCGUAGCACAAAGGAGCUUCCAUUAACACUCAAGGUGACCCUAACCUCUCCUCGAAUCCGGGAUGAAGCUGAGAAGAAGAAUGGAGUAGACAGUGUUGCGAUGAAAGAUCCUCCGGACUUACUGGACAGGCAGAAAUGCCUUGAUGCUUUGGCAUCUCUGCGGCACGCCAAAUGGUUCCAGGCCAGGGCAAAUGGACUAAAGUCCUGUGUAAUUGUGCUGCGUAUUCUGCGAGAUUUGUGCAACAGAGUCCCCACUUGGGUGCCGCUUAAAGGAUGGCCACUGGAGCUUAUAUGUGAGAAAGCAAUCGGCACAUGCAAUAGACCUUUGGGUGCCGGUGAAGCUCUGAGGCGAGUGAUGGAGUGUUUGGCAUCGGGAAUCCUGUUACCUGGUGGGCCUGGCGUGCACGACCCCUGCGAGCGGGAGCCGACAGAUGCCUUGUCCAACCUGACUGUUCAACAACGAGAAGCCAUUACCCAUAGUGCCCAGCAUGCAUUGAGACUGUCGGCUUUUGGUCAGAUCUAUAAGGUGCUGGAGAUGGACCCUCUCCCAUCUAAUAAGUCGUUCCAGAAAUAUUCCUGGUCAGGAACCGACAAAGAAGGUGCAGGCUCCUCUGCUUUGAAGAGGCCUUUUGAAGACGGGUUGGGGGAUGAUAAAGAUCCCAAUAAGAAGAUGAAGCGUAACCUGAGGAAAAUCCUCGACAGCAAAGCAAUAGAUCUCAUGAACGCUUUGAUGCGCCUGAAUCAGAUACGGCCCGGCUUGCAGUACAAGCUACUGUCCCAGUCGGGCCCUGUCCAUGCCCCGGUCUUCACAAUGUCUGUGGAUGUGGAUGGUACGACGUAUGAAGCUUCAGGCCCUUCCAAGAAAACAGCCAAGCUUCAUGUUGCGGUGAAGGUUUUGCAAGCGAUGGGCUACCCCACUGGUUUUGAUGUAGACAUGGAAUGUACAAGCUCUGAUGAGAAGUCGGAUACGGAAGGCAAAAAUGAGACAAUGUUUUCAAACUCAAGCAAUAAUACUGGAAAUUCUACAAUCGACACCUCUGCUACCUUGGAGGUAAGAACUCAGGGUCCCAUCCUUACAGCGAGCGGCAAGAACCCAGUGAUGGAGCUGAAUGAGAAACGGAGAGGCCUCAAGUACGAGCUCAUUUCCGAGACGGGCGGCAGCCACGACAAGCGUUUUGUGAUGGAGGUUGAAGUAGAUGGGCAGAAGUUCCGAGGCGCUGGUCCUAACAAGAAGGUGGCCAAGGCCAGUGCUGCAUUGGCCGCUCUUGAAAAACUCUUCUCUGGCCCCAAUGCAGCUGCCAACAAGAAGAAGAAGAUUCUCCCCCAGACAAAGGGAAUCGUCAACACAGCCAUGUCGGCGGCGGUCCAGGCGGCUCGAGGCAGAGGGAGGGGUACUCUCACGCGAGGUGGUUUUGUUGGGGUACCAGCUGCUACUAGUUAUCUUGCACCAGGCUACGGGGCACCCUAUGGGUACAGUGCUGCUGCCACCACACCAGCUUAUGGUUUGCCCAAGAGAAUGCUUCUGUUGCCAGUAAUGAAGCUUCCUACCUACCCUAUGCCCCACUAUUCUUUCUUUUAACAAACGGGAGAAACUACUUCCCUGCCCUGACCGAAUGCCACAGUACAGUUCAGAGACACACAGCCUUUUUAAAGCCUGGUUUUCUUUGAACAGAUACUUGAGCGAAAAACCAUUUGUAAAGAAACAUCGUUUCCUACUUUUUUUUUAUUUUAACAAAAUGCAAAUUUAGUUCUCUCUAAAACUUGAAGAAAAACAAAACAAUGGUCUGUGAAAAAAAUGGUUACCUCAUUAUUUUAUUUUUUUCAAAAUAACUUAUACCAGCCUUCUGUUAUAGGGAAGAAACUUAGAUGCUAAAAAAAACCUUUUAUGUUUUAAAUGAAGUAUUCGAACUAUGUAAAAAUUUAAAACUUGUGAAGGAUGUAUAGAGUAUAAUACGCCGAUCAUAAAAUAAAACCUGCUUUUUGUUGUAAUGGAGUAUUUUGCCUGUUUCCUA